AUGGACAAAACAACAGUACGGGCAUGGGACCCAACAGCCCCCUCUCUCCUCUGGGCUCACCAGAUCCGCCGCGAGAACAUCCACCUUGUCAACCAGCUCGACAGCACAAGAGCAGAUCUCGCCGGCGCCAUCUCCACGAUCAAGGAACUGAAGCAGCAACUGAACGAGUUACGAGAACACGCACAGACAGCCGACACCAAUCAUGAUGCAUGCGACCGGAAGCUGAAGGAUAUUCCGGGAAGAAUCGAGACUAGGCUGGAGGGGAUCUCUAGUCGGAUUGAUGCCGUUGAGUGUGAGAAUGGCCGCUUGAAAGAGAGGCUCGAUGGCAUCGAACGAGGACACAGGGAGCAGAACGGGCUGGGCGAAUUGGGCGAGUCGAUACGGAGGCAGGUUCUGGACGAGGUUCGGGUUUGGUUUACGAGAGAGAAGGAGGUUCUACAAGGUAGAGUGGGAGGUCCAGAGCGUGGUGACUCUACGGGAGUCAAGCAGGCAUCUCCAGAGCCGGAGCCAGACAUGGUACCCGAUUCAAUGCGCCGGGAUGAGUCUGCUCCAUUCGCUCGAAAGGCCUCUUUGAGAACUCUCACCGAGACUACGUGGGGAUCUUCGAGCCACUCGCAACAAUCUUCGAACCAGAUUGAUCUCCACCUGGAGAAGGAACGGAUUGCCGGACCCGAUUCAGCUAUGCUUCCGCAGAUUCGACAAGGCGGGCGAGAUCUCGGGGAGUAUCACUCGUCCGUUGAGGACAUGCGCGCGCAUUUGCCUCUGCGGAAGAGAGAGGGUCGAGUGGAAGGCGAGAUGGAUAGAGCCGGGUGGUCGUGGGAUACGCUGGCGAAGACAGUGCGCAGCGAGAUUGAAAGGCAGCACAGGCCGGCCGUGGAACUGAAGCGAGCUGUCAAGGGGGAUGUCGAAGAGCGCGUGCAAGCUAUACAGGCCCCGGGUGAAGUCUACAUGUCCAGACCACGUAAGAAGCAAAGGAGGUUCAUUCCGAUUGUGCCAGCAGAUGAAGAUGAUUUGAUAGUCUAA